AUGACAUUGCAUAUUUUCCGCUGUUCUGAUUGGGAGAAGGCCCUGUGUGUCACUCAGUUGCUAAAUCACCCAAGAGGUUCUCAGAAGGGACCUGUCAGUUUUAGGUUUAAAGAACCCAGAAAGAGAAGGACUAUAGGGGAACUGAUGGUGUUCUUGUUACCUCUCGUCGUUGUAGUAAUGGUGAAGCACAGCGAUUCCCGGACGCACUCUCUGAGAUAUUUUCGCCUGGGUGUUUCGGAUCCUGGCCAUGGGGUCCCUGAAUUUAUUUCAGUUGGGUAUGUGGACUCACAGCCUAUCACCACAUAUGACAGUGUCACUCGGCAGAAGGAGCCGCGGGCCCCAUGGAUGGCAGAGAACCUCGCGCCUGAUCACUGGGAGAGGUACACUCAGCUGCUGAGGGGCUGGCAGCAGACGUUCAAGGUGGAACUGAAGCGCCUGCAGAGGCACUACAAUCACUCAGGGUCUCACACUUACCAGAGAAUGAUUGGCUGUGAGCUGCUGGAGGAUGGAAGCACCACAGGAUUUCUGCAGUAUGCAUAUGACGGGCAGGAUUUCCUGAUCUUCAAUAAAGACAGCCUCUCCUGGCUGGCUGUAGAUAAUGUGGCUCACACCGUCAAGCGGGCAUGGGAGGCCAAUCAGCAUGAGUUGCGAUAUCAAAAGAAUUGGCUGGAAAAAGAAUGUAUUGCCUGGCUAAAGAGAUUCCUGGAGUAUGGAAACGACACCCUACAAAGAACAGAGCCCCCACUGGUCAGAGUGAAUCGCAAAGAAACUUUCCCAGGGGUUACAACUCUCUUCUGCAAAGCUUAUAGCUUUUACCCCCCAGAAAUUUACAUGACAUGGAUGAAAAACGGCGAAGAAAUUGUCCAAGAAAUGGAUUAUGGAGACAUUCUUCCCAGUGGGGAUGGAACCUAUCAGACGUGGGCAUCAGUUGAGCUUGAUCCUAAGAGCAGCAACCUUUACUCCUGCCAUGUGGAGCACUGCGGUGUCCAUAUGGUUCUUCAGGUCCCCCAGGAAUCAGAAACCAUCCCUCUCGUAAUGAAAGCUGUCUCUGGGUCCAUUAUCCUUGUCAUUGUGCUGGCUGGAGUUGGUGUUCUAGUCUGGAGAAGAAGGCCCCGAGAGCAAAAUGGAGCCAUGUACCUUCCGACACCAGAUCGAUGAUUGCAGAUCCCUCUUUUCCAGUUCUCCUUCCUGUAGGAGCCAUGUUCUCCUCUGUCCCCCAUAGACUCAAACGCAAUGCUUGAAGCUCCUAACUACACCCACAACAUGCACGAGGGAAAUGGGAUUGAGCAUUUAUGGCAGCAACAUAGGAGCCACAAAAUGUUCUUUGUUCUUUGGCUCCAGAAAGACUGUCAGAUUUCAGCCUCUUUUGAUGGACCGUUUUAUCACAGUUGACUUUAAAUACAGCUUGUCUCAUGACACAACACUUCCCUACAUUCCAUUUGUCAAUGAUGAUUUGCAACUAGUUGGAGAUGCUCAAAGCAGGGAGAUGCUCAAAGCAGGAAGGAAUCUUUUCAUCCAGAGCAGGAACUGUCUUCUGCAAUGCCUUGGACUUGAGCCCCCAGCCUCCACUUGAACACCAUAUGAAGGGAACCUCAAUACCUCAUAAAAUGGCCUUUCUCAUUCAUCUCCUCAUGAGAACAUUAUUGUACAAGAGCUUUGAAUAUCAUGGGCACCAUGACUAUGACCCUGCAGGUAGGACUGGAUCACCCCAUGAGAGUAGCCAGCAGGUUUCUACAAUGGCCUGGGAAUGGACUGAUUAUUAUUAUACAUUUUCUGGCCUGAGAGAAAGCCAGAGUCCCCUGCUAUUAACAGCAGCCCUGCCUGGGAGCUUGGAAUCUUGGUAAUCUGCCCGAUUGGAUCUAUGGAGGUAGUCUCACCCUUUUUUUCUUUUGUGGGAAAUUAAGAGAAAUAAUUAUCAGACAUAUCAUCACCUCCAGUGGAACUACAGAGACCUGGACCCAGCUGCACUGUUUUAGUGUAAAAAUAAACAUUAAAAACUAAAUAAACAUUAAAAACAAAUAACUGUGCUAUUACCACAA